GGAUGCAGGAUGACAUAGGCCGCGUCCCCGCGACGUCGUGACUCCAUGGAUCGAUCACGCGGAGGACUCGCCGUGGUCUGGGAACGUCCCGUCGCGGAUAAUCGUCGAUCGUCGAGCGACGUUGCUGCCGGGAUGGACGAAAUCCUGGAGGAAGGAUCCAACUGAUACGCGUCUAAGCCAGGGAUCCUGGAAAACUGUGCGACCGGUCAAAGGGCCGGCUAGAAACAGUACCUCUUCUUGCUCGCAAAGAGGAUCAAGAAGCCUUAUCGUACUUGCUAGACGAAGAAGAAAAAGAACCAGACGAGAAGAGAGACGACGGGGUGGAAGGAAGAGAGAAAAUCGGAAUUGAGAACGGCUGGGAACCUGAAACGUAGCCGGGAGGAUAAGUAACCUGGAGAUGUUUGGCGUAGGCAGAAAGAUGGAAUCCCGGGCGAGACGUUCGAAAAUCUCGUGAUUGGUGUCCAGCACCUGGCCGACGGGAUAAGGCCGAUCACGAAGCUCGACCGUGAUGGAGGCGAGAGCGAAUGAGUCGUUCGUCAGGUCGAUUCUUCGGAGCCUCUCGCUGACGCGCGAGCAUCGGCACCUGGACGAGCCACCUGGAGGAGAGGUGGCCACAAACGCCAUCGAUGUUGUCACCACGACGGUGCAGGAAGAGAAGAUGGCGGACUUUCUGGGCGAUGCCCUCGCGAGGAACGACAGCGACCUCGUUGAUGGCGGCGAGUCCGAUUGGUUCAACGACUCGACGACAGCCGCCGUCUCGACCCUGUCUGACUCGUCGCCCUUCGCGGAAUCAACGUUGUACUCCACCCCGAGCGUCGACAACUACACCGGCAGCGUGUCCGACCUCUUUGCCUUCGAGGACCUGAGCGACUACAUCAACCGACUGAAUUACAGCGUCCUUGUGAACCUGACGGCCUACUACGACGACGGCGCGGGUCUGAAUUUCAGCAGCGUCAAUUGCACGUCGUCGAUAGUCGCCGGGGGUGCCGUUAGGCCGGGCGAGUGCGCUGGAACCGCCGGCGUCGACGAGAAGUCUAACGCGAACAGCUGGUGGGCUCUGAUACUCGUGAUCGUGCCGUGUUUGACGCUCUUCGGUAAUGUGCUCGUCAUCCUGGCGGUGGUGAAAGAACGAGCGCUGCAAACGGUCACAAACUACUUCAUCGUCAGUUUGGCGGUCGCCGAUCUCCUCGUGGCGGUGCUCGUUAUGCCGUUCGCGGUCUACGUGCUGGUAAAUGGAUCUUGGAGCUUACCUGGAUUUGUUUGUGAUUUUUAUAUCGCAAUGGAUGUGACUUGCAGCACCAGUUCUAUAUUCAAUCUUGUGGCUAUUUCAAUAGACAGAUACAUAGCGGUGACCCAGCCGAUAAAGUACGCAAAGCACAAGAACAAUAGAAGAGUAUGGCUGACGAUACUGUUGGUCUGGGCGAUAUCGGCCGCGAUCGGCAGCCCGAUUGUCCUAGGCCUGAAUAACACUCCGGAUCGGAUACCGGAUCAAUGUCUGUUCUACAAUUCGGAUUUCAUCAUCUACUCGAGCCUGUCCAGCUUCUACAUACCCUGCAUCAUCAUGGUAUUCCUUUACUACAAUAUAUUCAAGGCUCUGCGAAACAGAGCGAAAAGGGCUCGUGCUAGCAGAAAACCGAAUUUAGGCGAUAUAAAACCGGGGAGUAUCAUCGAGAAUAUCGCACAUACGCGUAGUGGGUAUUCUGUGGCAAGGUUUGCGGAAACGGCGCUGGGGGCGGCCGCCCUGGUGGCACCUGGGAUCGAGGAACCGACGAACACCGCUUCCGGCAGUAACGAGGACGAGGAUGAGACGCCCCUCGAUCCCGUCGUCGUCAUCUCCAAUGACAAGAGCACGGAAUUCUUUUUAGCUACGGUCGUCGAGGAAGCAGCUUGUCGUUUUAGCGCCGUGGCGCAAGCUCAGCUGGCCGGAGCACCACAUGUACAGCGAAAAGACUCCAGCGGGUACGAUGGUGCGGCGAGCAGCACGAUGAUCCAUGAGCCGCUCGAGACGAAUUCGAGCCCGAGCCCGAAUCCGCGGAUCACGUCCGGCCCGCCGUCCUCGUCGACCUCGUCGUCACCCCCACCAACACGAGGCGCGACCAGCGUGUCUUCGUCGACGCAGACGAAGAGGAACGGUAACAACGGCGGGGCGAACAAGCAGGAGCUGAAGCGGCUGAAGAGCGCCGGUUCGCUCCUGCCGCUGCAGCUCGCACGGACACCCAGCGUGCUGUCGUCCUCCUGCAAGAAGGACCGAAAGAACGCGUCGGCCGGGUCAAGGUUCACAAUAUACAAGGCCAACAAAGCCAGUAAAAAGAAGAGGGAGAAGAGCUCGGCCAAAAAAGAGCGCAAGGCCACGAAGACUCUGGCGAUCGUGUUAGGUGUCUUUCUAAUAUGCUGGGUGCCCUUCUUCUCUUGCAACGUUAUGGAUGCAAUCUGCACGAAGCUGACGAAGGCUUGUCAGCCUGGUGUUACAGCCUUCAUCGUCACUUCCUGGUUGGGCUACAUGAACAGCUUCGUGAAUCCCGUAAUAUACACUGUGUUCAACCCCGAAUUCCGUAAGGCCUUCCGCAAACUGAUCAGCGUAUAAGCGAGCGAUUUCAUCCGCUCCCGUUGCUGAAGAAGAGACACGGGACAGCUAACGUAACUCGAUGUGAAUCGUCGUAUUUGUGAUGUAACAACGAGACUGUAGGCUCUUGGCAAACUCGCAACAGGUACUGUUGUUCUUGUAUUUGGAACCUCAGCAGCUGCGUUUGCCUAUCGGUUUUCGCGUUUCGUUGCGUGUCAAUUGUUUUCCAAGCGAAUAAGAAAAGCCGAAUUUUAUGUGAGACAUUUUUCCCUUUUCUAAUACUUACGGUCUGCGACAUGAAAAAGAAAUCGACAUUAUUUUCGUUGUACGUCAUCAUAUACGAGCUGGGCAUUUCAUAAAAAUAAUUUGUGAAGUUGCAAAAAAAUAGUUAAAAUAAUGGAAAUAAAAAUGAUAUUUUUAAUUAAAUUUUUUGUGUAAGUAUGCUGUAAAAUAUGGAAACAUUAUCUAAUUGUGAUGCAUUCCAGCUUUAGUUUAAAACUGUGUUUCAAGACCGACAAACACGUAAUUGGCAGUUUGCAUAAAAUUUUAAAAAUUUACGUGAAUAUUGUUAGGCACCAAGAUCAACUUUGAUUGAAAAAAUGGUGUUCUUCUUCGCUUAAUUAUGUUAUUAAUAUCUUUUUCUCAAAUUUAUUUCAUACUUAAGACGGAUAAAUGUACAAUAUGCUAUCAAAGAUAUUUAUUAUUGAUUAUCAUGGAUCUAUGAAGGAAAAUGAAGAAGAUAUUUCUUUAUUUGAUACUUAUUCGAUAAAAUUGACACACAAUUAAACAGCGAAAAUUGCUGAAUUGGUAAAUUUGUUGUUACCGCAGCAAUGAUUCAUCGCGUCCACGUGCGUGAAAACGCGUGCACUGUGAUAUUGAACUAUUGUGGCAUGACGCGCUAUGUCACGGAGGACACACACGUGCGCUAGAAUACACGUGCACGAACGUUGGGAGUUGAAUUCUCGCACGAGUAGCUCAAGUAAUUACUAAGUAAGGCUUUGCGAAGCAAAGGCAAAUACGCCGCGUCAAUCAACUACGCGGUAUCGCGCAAAUUAGCAGGAAAUUUAGGUAUUCUGUACAAAUCACUUGCGUUUACGAUGCCCGAAGGACUCGUUAGAGACAGGCUAGCUCUGUGUUGAGGUGUAAUAAUCGCGCGUUCGUAAGGGCGGUUACAUCUCUGGAAGGUAAUUUAAGUUCGCGAAAGCAGGUAAUAAUGAAAUUCAGGAGGGUGGAAGAGAGAGAGAGAGAGAGAGAGAGAGGGUGGGAGGAGAGUGCGGAGGGUUAAAGUUGUUAGAGGUGUAUUUAUUAUGCGAGCAUAUAUUACAUAUUAUACAUCUCCAUCUGGAUAAUUAAGUACGCCAUGACAGUAUUAACGUAGGACAUAAGUUAUAGCAAUAUUUUUUCGCUCAAAGCAAAAGCAACCGAGACCGCCGUUUGUACGACGAUAGAAAUAUGCUAUACACCGUCGUGUGUCGCAGUGUAAUUGAAUGUAUUUAUACUUCGGUACGUAUAGAGAAUUAAAAAAAGAAAGUGAAGGGUGAGGGGGGAGAGAGAGAGAGAGAGAGAAAAUGCGAGAGAAAAAGAGAGAAAGAUAUAUUACAUAUAUUAUAAAUAAAUAAAUUUACGUCCUUUCACGAUAUACAGGGUGACACUAAGUACGGGACAGAAGCUUUAGGACAACAUGGAAGAAAAUUAACUUUUUGGGAACAGUGUACCUUGGAAACACUUUGAACGCUCUUUAAUGAGUUACUCGUGUUAUCAAAUGUUGGAGAAUAUAAUUAUUUCCAAGUUAGUCGAGAUACCUAUUAAAACCCGUACGUCGAGAAUGAGAUAUUUUUCUGAACGUAAGAGUAUUUAGGGGAAAAAUAGUUAAUUGAAGCUUUCGGGAUUGUAAUUUUUAUUUUUGUGAAACCAGUGCGCUUUUUUCGAGAAUGAAAUGAAUUCGCUAUUAAAUCGCCUUUCAAAAGAGAAAGGGGUUUUUUUAGUAUUUUGAAAAAAUUAAAACGCUUAGUCUCUCGAUAUUUACAUAUCGAGUUUCUCAGGGUUUCUCAAUUUAGCGCCCCCAUCACAUACCAUUGUGAUCUCCCAUUAUAAUAAUCUGUUCAAUCGACAUACUUGUACUAUGUUGAAAUCAUUAAACGAUCAUUAAUUUGCAAUAUAUAUCUUUUUAACAAUUAAACGCUUUAUGAAGACGAAUAGUGAUUGAAUUACAAUCAAAUUGUUGCAGCACAAAUUUCUUAAAAUCAAAUCGUAUAUAUCAGCAUAAACAUAUAUUUUAUAAUUUAUUAUAAAGAUGCAGAGUUUGUGAUAAAAUGCAGGCAAAUUUAAAUUUAUAUGAAGUGUUCGCUCUCUCACCUGUUACGUCUUUUAUUUCAAAUUAUGAAAAAGAGUGAGAGGCAAUGAAAAUUCGGUUAAUAAUAUGCAAAUUAAAAGUAUAACUUUUAAAUUAGAAAUAAAAUUAUUACAUAAUUGAACAAUUAAAUUUUUUAUGUUAGUUUAUUAAUCUUAAUUAAUAAACUGAAAUAAUAAUAAAAUUUUGAUUAAUUAACAAAGCGUAUGUGUUCGAAUAUUUUUUCCGUAGUUUACGGAUAUUAGACUUUUUUGACGAAUUUGAAGAGUUAGAUCGUUUAUCUGCAAAGUAUUAUGUAACAGAUACAUGAACAAUAAAACGGAGAGCGUGAACGUGCAAGGAUUGAGAACUCCUGAUGUACAUUAUUUUACGAUUUCACCAUAACGCACACAUGCACAGACGCGCGCGCGCAGGUUUGUAGACUUGCGAGUAUCGUACGAGCUCGAUCGAACGACGAAAUUCCGGAACUUGUUCCAAACCGCUUCGGCGCGCUUUGAUAUGUAGGAUUUGUCGCGAUAUUCCGAUACCAGUGCCACCAUUUACGAAUCGUAUGAAUAAUCAGGUGGACUUGGAACAAUGACGACGGCAUUACGUGAAGAUUGGAAACACAAUUCUCGGUUUCACGGCUCGAUCGAGCACAAAAGCGCAACAUCGGGAUUUACGAACUCGCGAUGUAUAAAUGCAAACUAUCGCGGAGUGUCAAUUCCACCUUAAAACAUAAAGAUAGAAUACGGGUGUGAAAUUAAAUGUACCUUACGAAGGACUAAAAAAA